UGAGGUGAUCGGAGCGUACAUGUUGCAUCCCAGUCAUGACCAUGCAGAUGCGCUCCUUGGGCAAGAAGCUGGACGGCACCUUUGUCAAGGAAGAUGAAGUGUGACGUUUGAUCAGGUCGCAAGGCGCAGCAAGCGAUUGAUCGAGGACGACGGACUUGUUGCGCGGCUCAGGCUUUCCGCGAAGCUGCUCGGGCAUGGGAAGAAGGAGCGGGCUCAAUGCAACGGAUAGGACGCUGCAAGGGUCAGUCCAAAGUACACGACUUUGGGAGUCCAGUGGCUACAGUCACACCGCGUAUCACGCCGAAAGGUCGUCCGCAAUGCUUUGAGAAUAGAAGGCGGAGCGUACAAGGUGCCAGGGCUCUCGCCUUGGACUCAGAGAAACGUGAGACGCUCGCUCUGGCAACUUUUUUUUUCUUUGGCCAAGCUAUCCAGACACUUUGUAGCGCUACUUUGCAGAAGUCUGCUGGCAAGUCUUGUUCCUGCAUGCCAUUUUCUGGAGUUCCAUGUCAAUAGCAUCAGACGCUGCAGGCUGACCUGCCGCGGACACUCAAAGCCUACUACCCAUUCUUGUUGCCGACACUGCGCGCAA